UCACUCUUUCUUCCCGUACGCCGGCGAGGCAGUGAGGCGGCGGCGGCUCCUCGCCAGCGGCCGACCGGCGAGCUCCCCCCCUCCGCGCUCUCCCUUGCAGCAGCUACCCGCUCCUCCUCUGGCGCUUAUCCCUUCCCCCCCUUUGUAGACCCUGCGAGAAGCUCAGGCCGUCGUCAUCCUAAACCCCGACCACGCCGGAAUCCCGCCGCCGUAAGUUACCAAGGGCACCUAGGCCGCCUUCCGGGGAAGGGGGAGGUUCCGGACACCCCCAACGCGCUGGUUCUUGCGUAUGGCGAAGCUGGGUCCGGGGCAGGGGCUGGGGUGCGAGGCGGCGGUGGGGUCGUUGCAGCCGAGCCGGAAGCGGGAGUACAAGGCGUGCAACAAGCUCACCGAGGGGAAGCGCCCGCUCUACGCCAUCGGCUUCAACUUCCUCGACGUCCGCUACUACGACGUCUUCGCCACCGUCGGCGGCAACCGCGUGACAACAUACAGCUGCCUCAAGGAUGGCAAUUUUGCUAUACUGCAAGCGUAUGUUGAUGAGGAUAAGGAUGAAUCAUUCUACACACUGAGCUGGGCUUGUGAUCUUGAUGGUACGCCAUUAUUAGUGGCUGCAGGAAGCAAUGGGAUCAUUCGGGUCAUCAACUGUGCCACCGAGAAGUUACUCAAGACUUUUGUUGGCCAUGGUGAUUCAAUAAAUGAGAUAAGAACUCAAGCAUUGAAGCCUUCGCUCAUCAUUUCUGCAAGCAAGGAUGAGUCUGUUAGGCUGUGGAAUGUUCACACAGGGAUCUGCAUUUUGAUUUUUGCUGGAGCAGGUGGUCACCGGAAUGAAGUAUUGAGUGUUGACUUCCACCCAUCUGAUAUCUAUCGCAUAGCAAGCUGUGGCAUGGACAACACUGUUAAAAUAUGGUCAAUGAAGGAAUUCUGGCCAUAUGUUGAGCAAUCCUUUGCAUGGACUGACCUUCCAUCAAAAUUUCCAACAAAAUAUGUCCAAUUUCCGGUAUUGAUUGCUGUUGUACAUUCUAACUAUGUUGAUUGUACGAGAUGGCUUGGUGACUUCGUCCUAUCAAAGAGUGUUGACAACGAAAUCGUGCUGUGGGAACCAAAAACAAAAGAACAAAAUCCUGGGGAGGGUAGCAUUGAUAUUCUUCAGAAGUACCCUGUCCCAGAAUGUGACAUCUGGUUUAUCAAAUUCUCAUGUGAUUUUCACUUCAAUCAGUUGGCAAUAGGCAACCGUGAAGGUAAAGUUUAUGUCUGGGAAGUACAAUCCAGUCCUCCUGUUUUAACUGCUCGGCUGACUAAUCCGCAAUGCAAAUCAGCGAUAAGGCAGACUGCUGUGUCAUUUGAUGGAAGCACAAUCCUUGCCUGCAGCGAGGACGGUAGCAUAUGGCGGUGGGAUGAAGUGGACCAUCCAAGCAUCAAAAACUGAAGCAGGUGAAAAAAAAAAACCUACAGACAGACGACGGCAAGGCCAGAUUAAGAUUGGAGUUUCCUGCAUGUGUACUUUGUUGUGGGUUGUACUAAUCGGUCUUGUCGCUGGAAAGAAAAAAGCAACUGCAAUUUUGGUUCUGUGAAAUCAGAACGGUUUGAUCAACUGAAUGUUUGGUCUGCCGACUAGUA